UUUGGUUUGGGCCGAUGGGCUCGCGCUGGCAGCAGCUCUACGGUCGCGCCGUGCCACCCGAGAACCAAGCCGACGAGGCGCGUGACGACGGCGACUCGUGGGUCGACGCGUGGCAGCGGCAUGCGCUCGUCGACGACGCGCGUCACCGCAUCCUCGACAACAACGCCACCAAUAGCGACGACGACGUGGCUUUUCCGUGGCCUCCGCCCAUGAGCCAUCUCGAUGCUGCGCCUGAGGUCGACGCCGAUGUCCAGGCGCAAGCCAAGAAGCACAUCCAGGCGUGGCUGUACGUCGAAGAAUCGGCCAAGACCAUCAAGCAAACACUGCAGAGUGGGAAGCCGUCGCAGCCAAAGCGACAGAUUCUACAGCAACCACCGCCGACAGUGGCGAGAUAUCGGCCUGCUGCGCCUGCUCGACAAGCCCAGCGCUCGGUCGCGCCGGUGCCCACAAAGGCCAAGACACCCGUGCUCUCUCGAUCCGCCGUUCGUAGCAUGCCAAAGACGGGGUCUCCUUUGCUGGUAGAGCAACCUACUCGUCGCACUCGAGGUGCUUCGUCGACAACGGUCUUCAAGCCGCGGGCUCAGAGCGCCCCAAACGAGCUGUCCCGGCAAAACGCCGUCGCGUCGCGCCGACUCGCGCAGGAGAUCACGCGCGUCUCGGCGCUCCAGGAAGCCAACGCCCAGCGUACGUAUGCCCGCACCAUCCUCCGUAAGUCGUGGAGUACCUGGGUGCGUUCGAUGGUGUGUGGACGAGCCGACCUGCAACACGCGACCUACACGCACCACCUCUCGCUGCUACAGCGUCACCUGCACGGAUGGCGCCGCGUGGCCAAGGCGCAUCAACGUGUGCGUGUUGCUGCCCAUGCGCAAGCGCGGCUCGAGACGCUCCUGGUGCUCGAGCGCCUCGCAGGUCAGCACUACCGCGCGAAAGCUCUCUUUCGGUGCUUUGUACGCUGGCGCGCAUUCGCAGGCCGCAGCAAGCGCGAGAAGGCGCAGUGUGUCGGCGCCAGCCAGCGCCGGCAGCUGGCCGCAACGCUACUGACCGCUGCGCUGACACCCAACGUCGCGUCGCGCCGCCAUAGCGGGACCUCGCCGGCGUUUCCCAAGCAAAACGUCGUGCGUCGGUCGGUGCAGCAAUGGACGCAACAAGCCGCUGCUAGCCCCGUGAAGGGCCAAGCCACGAGUCCGCUGCCACCCAAGAAGCCAAAGCCCAAAGUCAAGAUAUCGCGAUGCGACGCACCGCCGCCGGCCGCCAUUGUCGACAUGCACGUGCGCAUGGCCGAGCGCAAGGCGCGCUGGGACCUACUCCAAGAAAGGUAUCGGCUCAAGCAGGCUUUGGCUGCCGAGGUCGAGGCGCAGAUGCGAGCGGCCCAAGCCGCUGCGGCCGAGCAGGAGCGUCUGGCGGCGAUCGAGCGCAAGCGGGCGUUGAAGCGCGUGGCGCAGCGCAAGGAGGAGGCGGCGUUGCAGGAGAAAGAGCUGCGUCGCCAGCAACUGCUGCUCGCCAAGCGCCACGCCGCCCGUGCCACUGUGUACUGGCGCGGUUUCCUUCCGUGGUGGCACCGCCACGUCUACACAAAACGGCUAUUGACCAAGGCGGUCAACUGGCACCACGACACGCUGCUUUGCUCUGUGUUUCGUGCGUGGACGAGGUUUCUACUGGCGGCGCGGGCCGACCGCGUCCGUGCAGAGGACGAAGCGCUCGAUGAUGCGCGAUGGUAUCAUCAGUACCGGCGCCUCCGCGUGCUCUUUGCUCAGUGGAAGGCAACGCACAUACAGACACAGCGCAAGGCUGAGAGCAUCGCCCAGCAACACGGCUGGCACCUCGUGGCUGCAAUAUGGCAGAGCAUGCAUUCGCGCGUGGCUGCGCGCGACGCGCAAGUGCAUGCGGCGCAGAGUCGGCGGAUGCGACGGCAAUGUGUUCGGGUCGUCGCCGCGUGGCGCGCGUUCGUGCGAGCGUCGCAAGCCGCGGCCGAGAUCGAGAGAGAGAAAGAGAGCAUGCGACGCCAAGUGUUCGAGUGGCUACGCGAGGCCGGGUAAAUGUAUGGUAUUCACAAGCACGACAAUCCAGUCACUGCAGCCUAGCUGAAC